UAUCAUAAUUUUAGUGAUAUUGGCAACACGCCUAAAGCAUAACAGGUUCCAGUCCAAGCCUUAACGAUAAAUGUUAAUCUUUCCCGCCGGUAUUAUACACGUUAACCGUUCCCACCGACUUCCGACGGAAUCUCACAAAAACCAUUUGUUUUUGUAUUUGUUGAAUCUCUAAGAUUUACGCCUGUGUAUGACUCCAAGUUGACCACAGUACCCCUGACUCUGGUUACUCCCCUCCACUGCUCCUCUUCUUCUUCUUCUUCUUCUUCUCCACUCCCUCCACCAAACCUACGAUUCGGCACUCCGCGAGCGUCACCGUCCGUCGCAAUUUUCACCGCUUAAUCUCGCGGCGGACUCCUGAAAUGUUGAGAAGAAGCCGUUUCGCGAUUCUGAUCUCAACUCUGCUGCUUCUCAGCUCCGAUUUGCUUCUCUCACUCUCGCUCGCAGUCGCCGACCCUCUCGCCGACGACUCAGAUCCCCUCCCCCUCAACCUCAACGCCACCGAGUCCAAUGUCUCGCUCUCCAAGCCCAAGGAAGGCAGCUUCGCUGACAUGAUCGACAAGGCCCUCGAGAACGAGUUCAAGGAGAACGAUCAGAAUCAAGCUACUGAUCCUGGGAGUUUUAACAACAGCGUCGCCGGCCAACAGGCAACACUGGAAACAGUUGCCAGAGUUAAGUCGAAGAAAAAUGAGACAAAAGAGGAAAACUUAAAUAGGUCGUUUCAACUACAUGAUGUUUUUAAUCUGGAUAAUGAUAAUGGAGCAGAAGAGACCCCAACACUCAUAGAUCGCAAGGACAAUGUCUUUAUAAUAUCGAACUUUAAAUCAAAAUAUCCAGUGCUGCAGCUAGACCUGAGACUGAUAUCAGAUCUCGUCGUGGUUAUUGUAUCUGCAACCUGUGGUGGCAUUGCUUUUGCUUGUGCUGGACAACCGGUUAUCUCUGGAUAUUUGCUAGCUGGAUCUGUUAUUGGACCUGGAGGGUUCAACUUUGUCAGUGAAAUGGUUCAAGUUGAAACUGUAGCUCAGUUUGGGGUGAUCUUUCUUCUUUUUGCUUUGGGCUUAGAGUUCUCCACAACAAAGCUUCGAGUUGUUCGAGCAGUUGCUGUUCCGGGAGGCCUGCUGCAAAUUUUCCUAUUUAUGUGCCUGUGUGGUAUUACAGCCUCAUUAUGUGGUGGUAAAAUUUCUGAGGGGGUAUUCGUUGGCGUGUUCCUUUCUAUGUCUUCAACAGCAGUGGUGUUAAAAUUUUUGAUGGAAAAAAACUCCACUAAUGCGCUUCACGGUCAAGUCACCAUUGGCACCCUUAUUCUGCAGGAUUGUGCUGUGGGUUUGCUGUUUGCUUUGCUUCCUGUUCUGGGAGGGACUUCUGGCAUCUUUCAAGGAGUAAUGUCUAUGGCUAAGCUGAUGGUGAUGUUGAUUACAUUUUUGGCUGUUCUUUCUAUAUCAUCUCGUACUUGUGUUCCCUGGUUACUUAAACUGAUGAUAAGCUUAUCUUCACAGACCAAUGAACUCUACCAGUUGGCAUCAGUCGCAUUCUGCUUGCUUGUAGCCUGGUGUAGUGACAAGCUGGGAUUAAGUCUGGAACUGGGUUCCUUUGCCGCAGGAGUUAUGAUAUCAACAACUGAUCUUGCUCAACAUACACUAGAACAAAUUGAACCCAUUCGCAACCUUUUUGCUGCCCUUUUCCUUGCCAGCAUUGGGAUGCUGAUUCAUGUUCAGUUUCUCUGGAAUCAUGUUGAUAUAUUACUCGCGUCUGUCAUCUUAGUUAUCAUCAUAAAAACAAUUAUUAUAACCAUGGUUGUCAAGGGAUUCGGAUACAACAACAAAACAUCAUUCCUAGUUGGAAUAUCUCUAGCACAGAUAGGCGAAUUUGCUUUUGUUCUUUUAAGUCGUGCCUCUAAUCUCCAUCUAGUCGAGGGGAAAUUAUAUCUGCUGCUGCUUGGAACCACAGCACUUAGUCUGGUGACCACUCCUUUUCUAUUCAAGCUAAUCCCUGGUUUAGUGCAUCUUGGUGUACUUUUGAGGUGGUUCCCUCCAGACGGUGCUGUUGAGAUUGGAUUUAAGGGAGACAACCUGCGUACGGAUAGUGGUAAACAGCGUGUUAUUUUGAUGGUCCGGGAAUCACAUGAUUCAUGAUCCAAUGUAUAAAGGAAACUGUAAAGGCGAUCUCCAGCUUACCCAACAUCUUUUACUCCAGCCACGUUUUGGAGUGGUGCUUGUGGCAUUGAUAAAAAGAGUAAACUAUUUUCUCUACUUCUCACACAAAGCUAUUCUGGAGUAAUUUCUGUUUAACAUUACUGGCCUAAUCAACAUUUCAAAUCGAUCCUCAGUAAUGGAAGAACAUGAAAGAGACCAUCUAACUGCUGAAAGAAGUGACACAUGAUGCUUUACCUAUAAGAACCCCAUUCUUUGCCACUGUGACUUAAUUCUUUGGAGUUGUAUCAUAGUUUUCUGUCCUGUAAUUUGAACUGACAUUGUAAUUCAUAUUGUCUGUUUAACCCAGAAAGUGUAGAAUUUUGAGUAUAUCAAGUAAUGCCUGUAUUAUACCUCCUCCGCCUUGUCUUUUUCUUCAUAUGCUCAAAUUGUAAAGGUACAGCACUAUAUUAAAUGAGUUUUCUUUGCUUCUUC